AUGCAAUGGUCAGGUGACAAAACUGCUUAUUCUACGCUGUUCAAGUCUCGUAUCAAGAGCUAUCUUGAUGCCCAGUACCAUUUACAUCCUUGCUCUUCUCAUAUAAUGAAGCCUAUAUUAGCCACCUCUGCUAAGCCAGAGGCUGUCAAUCUCACUUUGACAGAAGAUGGCGCUUUUUCGACCACACUUCUUGAUUUAUCUACUUCUGUUCUUUCUUCAAACAUUACUCAGAGGCCUACUUCACACGUUCUCAGCAGUUCUGACACUAUUCAUACCUCUACCAUCAUUCCUGCAUCCACCUCCAGCUCUCUUAGCCAUAAUAAUGCUCCUCUUGACGAAGCCCUCACAACUGCCAGAAAAAGUAAUUUCAUGCGCAGCUCCACAGACACUCUUCUAUUCCCUAGCGUUCAGAUGGGUGCCUUUCACAUCCAUCAAGAUCAUGUCAUCCUUAGUCGUGUAUUGGAUUUCGUGGCGAGCAAGUCCCAUAACGUCCUCUUUCCUCUGUGGAAAGACUUUAACUGGAGUCUCUCGGUUGCCUCAGGAUACUUUAACCUUUCUCGCGAUCUUGAGACGAGCCUUAUUAAUUUAGCAUCAGGAAGACAAACGAACAAUUUAAAAGCUAUUGCUGGGCGAUUAGCUUGUGUCGACCUAUUGUGUGCGUCUCCACAGGUUUUCCUUGCGUAG